AGGGUUACAUCGCGCGCUCUUCCUUUCUGAGAAGAGCUUUUCAGUGGCAGUAUGUCUUGAUAUAGCUCGUACAAUAGAAACCAUUGCUUUCUUUAUUUGAAAAGAUGGAACAAAGUUUUGCCGAUCUACUAAGUGAUGCUUUUGCAGAAACAGCUGUUCCACCUUUUCCUGAUGAAGAUUUGGACUUUGAGAACCUAAAUAUUGAGGAGAAAUUUGAGGCAGACCAAAGGGAAAUCUCUCAAGACAACUUACUCACAGAGGAAGACGGGGCUGCGCAACAGGAAGCAACGGGUCGGACUGCAGAUUUGUCUAACAUGGAAACUAACUAUGACAAUGAAACGAGCGAAGAGGAGGAUAUUGAAGGAGCUGGGUUUAUGAGCAGGGACAAGACACUGCAAGAAGAUUACACCAGCUCAGAUGAAGAGAUUGAGGAGGUUGACUCUGAAGAGGAUGAAGAAGAUAAUAUGGGACUAGGAGAAAAAACAGGGGAUUUGUCGAAGGGGCUUCGUUGUAGCAACGAGGUUUGUGAUGGUGACAAAGAGGACAGGUUCUUAUUUGAGGGGCAACCUCUGACCCCGGGGGUUAGAAUCGAGGAGAGCGAUGAGGAGGUGUCCUAUCUUUCGGAAGUCCCUAAACGUGGCAAUGAGAUGAUGAUAAGAAGUGACGGCAUUAAAAAUGAUGCGCAAGACAGGGAGAAGGAAGAGGACACGUGUGACUGCGAGGGAGAGGGCACGAUGAUCGAACAACAAGAGGCUCCGUGCUGUGAGCUUGAAAGUCCUCGCGGAGACGGCACAGCGGGGGACACUUUGUUUGAGUUUCCAGAAAUAUCAGUGCAAAAUCUGCAGGAUCUUAUUGCUGAAGUUGAUAGUGAGAAAUUUGUAGAGAAAAUGAAUAUUUUUUCAGGGGUGGAGCAUCAAGAAGCAGGUGAGAGCUUUGCAGAUUAUCCCUCAGACUUUUCCUCAUGUGAAUACGUAGAAGACGGAGGUCAAAAUCUAGAUAAGAAGCACCAGUCGGAGGCAUUGCCUUGUGCAUCCGGCAGCAGUUCAACUGUUCAGCAGAACACCUUCCUGCAAGGACCUGCCACAGGUGGGAUGCGGACGGGCCGAGCGGAGGACUCGGACAGGAACCUGCACAGCAGAUAUUUAGAACGGGGAGACAACGAGUUCAGCAGCGCGGACGUAGCUAAUGGAGAGAAACGCUUGGUGGAGAACGUGUCUGCCAGCGCAUCUGUGACAGGGCUUGACGACGGCAGUGCGACGGGUGGGAGUGAAUCCAGCACCUCCAGUGAUGAUGAGGUCCAAGAAAAAAGGAGUGAUGAAGAACUAUUUGGUAUGUGUCUACAAGAUCUCAAUAGCAUAGAGCACCUGGAGAAUACUCGCGGCGGGAGAAGAACAUCAUUUUCUGACUUCUACGACAGAGUGGACCCGGCAGAUUUCAACAUUCAUUUGAACCCAGACCUGUGGAGAGCUGACCUUAUUUUGCCUGAAGACGUGUUAACCACUGGGGACACAGAUGAACCAGAGACACCGCUUUCAGGUGUCACUCCGCGCCCUGCAGACAGCGGCAACAGAUACCCAGUGGUACAUGAAGGGGAUGCCAAAACAACCAAGUCCUCGCACCAGGGAUCGCUGGACGAUGACUUCUUCUUCAACACAGAACCUGACGCUUCUGGGAUCACGGAGACGGGACAGUUGGGAGACGACGAGAGCGAAGAUGAGAGGAACUGGCAACAAGAGCAGCAGAGAAUCAGGUCGUUCUACGAGUUUUAUAAUGACAGCGACGGAGAGGAUGAAAGAGGAGGAAGACUAAAAAAAGUUCAGUUUUGUGCAGAUCCAUUAUCGCAAGUCAUUCACUAUGAAACUGACAGUGACAGAGCUUCACUCAGCAGCUCCAUAGAUGGGGAGGAGGACCUGAGCUCUGCAGAGACGUCUGAGGGCUUCAACAUGCUGAAACCGACACUGAAGAUUGGUCUUGCGAUACUGACUGGACUGCUCAUGUUCUGGUUUGCCACAGACCGAGUGGGCUAUUUUGACCAUCUGUUGUUCUUUUAAGGAUGAAAACCUGAUUUGUGGUCAGAGAAAUGUGUUUACAUGCUUACGGCUGAUGAAAGAAAAAUGAAAAAUGCUUGUCUUGUAGAAAUACAAUGUAAAGUGCUAACAUUUCAAAUUAAUGUUUUUUGUGUUUGUUACUUGCAAAUAUGUGCUUAAUAAAGAUAUAUCUUUUUUUACAAUGAUGCUGAUGUUUUGAGAUAAGACCCAUCCCAACUUUAUUUGUAUGUAACGUAGAUUAUAUGAGGGCAAAAUGGGCCUUAAUCUGGCAGUGAACUUUGUACAUUCACCAAAGUACUCACAGGGUUGAAAUAGAUCUCCAUCUAUUGGAGGAG